UUAUCAUCUGUGAAUGCGACCACGCCUAUUGUUCUUCCAACGUCAUCAUCAGAGAAGGCCAUCAGUCAGUGGGCACACUCGCGUGUACCUAGUGAGGAGCCACAUGUUUUCGCUCGCUCGGGCUCAUUGAAAGUUCACAUUAUGCCAUCGAGGCCAAGUUUACCGUCGUCCGAAUCGAUGGCUGGGGUACAAGAUUCAAAAAUGGAACCACCAAAGGAGCUCGCUCCUCCUUUUUCUGACAAGGAGUCGCCGCAGAGCAGCAAGGAUUCCAACUACCUGGGAUCUUUCCCUGCUGGUCCGAGUGUUGAAACCAUUUAUUUUUCAUCAUCGUCAACUGCUGAGAAAAAGGCUCUUCCUCCGGAACCACCCGUGGACUACAAUGACCAGCAGACGUCCAAAGAAAAUGCGCCUCCAGCCUCAGUGCCCAACGGGACUGAAUUCGCACCUGCAUCAUGGGAUUUUCAAAGCGAUCAAGAUGGUGGACAUCCUAUCACGAGUGUUUGCGAAAUGCAGUCUGCAUCGGAGGGCGAAGAGAGGAGUUUGUGA